AUGGUUUCAGUUGAAAAAUGGAAAAUAGUGGAAACUGAUAUUUUAACAUUGCAAUUAUCCUUUGGUGAUGAUGCUUUUGAAAAAGGUACAUCAUUAUUAUUGACCGAAUGGAGAUCUGAUCCGGAUUUAUUUUAUUUUUCAAGUUAUUUUGAACAAACAUGGUUAUUUGAUUUAAAAUUCUGGUACGAAGGCGCCGUAAUCGGAUGUCCAUCAACAAACAAUGGUCUGGAAUCACUGAAUAACAAAAUAAAACAGCAACUGCAUUAA